AUGGCAAAACAACGCAUCCUCGUCCUUGGGGCCACUGGUGGUACUGGCCUAGCCUUCAUCAAAGAAGCGCUCGUUCACGCUUCCCAGCCAAACCUCACGCUUUUGAUACGCACUCCCUCAAAAGUGUCGCAGGAGUACCGCAACAAUUCCCGCAUCACUAUUGUCAAAGGCGAACUAAAUGACCGAAUUGCCGUUGAGAAGGCCUUACAAGGCGUCACUGCAGUUGUUUCGUUUCUUGGGCCAUACAUGACGCUAAAGGCGACGCUGCUUCGCGACACUAGCACGCCAAUUGCGGACUCUUUACCCACACUCUUCACAGCCAUGCGCUCCGCAAACAUCACCCGCAUGCUUGCUCUAUCCACCCCAACCGGGCUUCCUCAACCCACUUUCGAAGAGAAGUCUUGGUCCUGGUGGGCAGCGGGCUGGUUUAUCUACCUUGUAGCUCCGCAAGGCAACGCCGAGAUGACGAAGAUCGGGAAGCUGGUGUCCAGUCAAACCGAUCUGGAAUGGACUGUUUUCCGCGUUCCAUCACUGACGAAUGGGAGCGCGGAUAAAGUGGUUGAGGUGGGUUAUCUGGGGGGAAAGGAGUUUAAUGUCACGGCUGAGCUGACGAGGGGGAGUUUGGCGAGGUGGGUGCUUGGGGAGGUGGAGGGAAAGGAGUGGGUGGGACGGGCGCCGGCGGUUGCGAAUGGGGGGUAG